AUGAUUGAGCGGUGGCAUAGAAGCUUAAAAGCUGCUAUUAUGUGUCAUGCUAAUGAAGGUUGGUCACGAGUACUUUCGACCGUAUUAUUAGGUCUGCGUACUCAUGUCCGCCUUGACACCGGCGCAUCGCCUGCGGAAUUUGUCUAUGGAACGACACUACGCGUCCCCGGAGAAUUUAUACUGCCGGACGACUUCACUCCUAGUCCGCAAAUUUUCAUAGAGGAAUUCCGCGAGCAUAUGCGCAAAGUUAAGCCAAUUUCAAUAGAGCAUAAGCACAAGAAACGCGCAUUCGUAUUUAAAAAUUUAUAUUCUUGUUCCCAUGUUUUUCUACGGGUGGGCGGUAAGAGAGCAUUAGAGCGUCCUUACACCGGCCCUCACAAGAUUAUAAAUCGUGUUUCGGAUCGAGUUUUCGAUAUUGAAGUUAAUGGUGCACAGCGCAGUGUAUCAGUCGAGAAUUUGAAGCCAGCGUAUGGCAUACGCGAUGAUUUGUGUAGUGCGAUUCUAGAAACAGGGCAAACAGCUAAUUCGUCUAGCAACGAGCGACCAACUUUGAGAACGUAUGCGCGCCCGAAGAGGAAGGUGACUUUCGCCUUAUAA